AACUUCAUCUCCUUCAUCAUUCUAUCAAAUGGUUUAUCACAUAUCUGGAUUUUGCGGAUAUAUCGGACGAGAUUCAGGGUAUGGCAAAGAUCUAUGGUUUACAACUUCUCAAUUCGGACAACUUUCCUAAAGGAUUGAAUGAAAUAUUCAAGGGGAACAAAUCACGACUGGAGCAAGGAUUGAUGAGUGACGUAGUUGGUAUUUUACGACAUUAUCUCCAGACCCACGUGCAAGAUUGUAAAAAAGAACCUGCAACCAACUCAAGUAUGACGGCCGACGACUUCAGACGAGUGAUAUUAAAUGCUGUGACACCGUACAGUGGAGCACUAGGUGACUACAUCUGGCCAAAGGUUAGUCAAAAAGAGACGUCAAACGUUAGAAAAGACUACCCUAUCGCAAUCUACAGAUAUAUCAAUGGAAUUGAGAGGUUUGCUCAGGUUACUUUUGGAAAGAAUGAGGCAAAAGUAAACGCCUUUAUGCUAAGUGAAGAACCUCAUGUUAAGGAUCCCUUCAUGGGUAAAAAGUUUGAUGUCAUUGCUAAACAGGAUGAGCCGUUUGUUAUGAAGAACGGUGAUAAAUACGAGGGUUUUUGUGUUGAUGUCUUAACAGAAUUAUCAAGAAGUCUGAAGUUUGACUACGAAAUUUUUGAACUUGAGGGUUCAACUAUAAAUCAAAACGGGAAAUCUACAGUCUGGGAUGAUAUUAUAACGCAACUUAAAGUCGGGAAUGCUUCGAUGGCAAUAGGUGCAUUUGCAGUCACUGCUCAAAGGGAAGCCAAAAUAUCGUUUUCGUACACUAUAAUAUCGUCUGCAGUCAGCUUGCUGAUGAAAAAGCCCCCGGAUACGACAAACUACUUUCAGUUUCUAGGACCAUUUUCACCUUUGCUGUGGAUGAUGAUCGUUGUGUUCUUCUUAUCGGUUGGUCUUGGUCUGUACUUUAUGGCAAGAUUUGAUUCUACCCAAGAAGAAUCUGAACAAAAGUUUGACCUCAAGGAGAGUAUGUGGUACUCUCUGACAAUUUUACUGCAAGGUUCUGCCGAAUACUCACCACAAACGACAUCCAUGCGCACUAUUAUCGCGUUUUUCUGGUUCUGUACUUUAGUGAUAAAUGCUGCAUACACUGCAAACCUUGCAGCAUUUCUUACCCUCCAACAGAUUGACAACCGAAUCAAAACUGUAGAUUCUUUGGCCAGACAAUCAAACGUCAAAUACGGUAUCCUCAACAACAGUGACCUUAUGCAGUUCUUUAGAGAAUCCAGGGAUGACACUUAUGAACGUAUGUGGACAUUUAUGAAACUGUACGAAGACAUCUCAUUACUUUCUACAAGGAAGAAGGGUUUGGACUUUGUUCAAAACGGAGUACCAACUUCUAGUGGAAAAGCGGAAUUCAUUUACCUUGACGACGGCGUUAUAAAUAAUUAUAAUGCACAGCAGAACUGUGAGCUUGAGUCUAUAGAAGAAAAUUUUGGAGUCAAACACUUCAGUAUAGGGUUCCCAAAAGGAGCACCAUAUCGAAGCGAUAUCAAUAGAGCUCUUUUACAACUCAAAGAAAACGGGGUCUUAGACCGACUUAGAGACAAAUGGUGGACAAGCCAAAAGUCAAACUGCACUGUCAAGACUUCGGACGCUGGAUCCAAGACAAAUACAGCAUCAGAGUUGAACAUUUCUAACAUGUUUGGUGUGUUUAUUUUUCUAAUUGCCUUCGCUGUUCUUGCUGUGUUGUACGAAAUCGGUUUGAUCAUCUUCAAGUUCACUCAAGAGAGAAAAAAGAAAAAGGUGGUUGUUAUAGUUAUUUAGAAAAAAGAAGAAUCUGAAAUCGAGGAGAAAACAAACGGAAAUAGUGUGCAGUUUGGUGACACCACCUACGUCGAUGAAAAUUAACGGAAGAGGUUUUACGAAUAGACUAGGGAUGUUAUGACUGGAAAAACGCACCUUAUAGACGCAUCUGUACAUAAGCGACGCUUGUAGAGUCAACAAUGUAGACGCUUUGGUGGUUUUCUGGGCUUUUUUAAGUUGAUUUCGGAAGAAAUUGUAACCAGAUUGAGCAGAAUUGACUGACAUCCUGUUGACGGAUUAUUAAGAAUACAUUGUAUUGAUAUGGGGUUCCGCCAGACAAGUUAGUGUGCAAAAUGUGUAAAAAGACUUUAUUGUCUUUUAAUUUUGACUUUUCAUUUUACAAAUACGUAUUGUUGUUUCCAAAUUACUAUUCAUCAAAUAAUUAAUUAUGAUUGCCUUGCCUUAUCUUUUUUACGUUUAUAUUUUUCUUCUUAGACCAAAUUUUCAGAGAACUAACUUUCAAAUAUCAUGUUAAAAUGUUUUAUAUGAUUUGGUCUUGAAGAUGAUUAUAAAAAUUAAGCCGAUAUAAAACAGUAUUUGAAAAUCUGAUUUGUUGUCGUAUAUAGGAGAAACCUAUAUUUGUUCGAAUUACUGUUCCUUCUUGUAUCACAAUCAUCAUCAUAUGCUUUAAGAUUUGUAUAAAACGUGUCACUUGUUUGUAACUUUUUCUUCUAUUUUUUACAGAAAGUAUUUUAUACUAGUUUCUUUGUACAGUGUUUUUCAUUAUGCUUGAUAAUAUACUUUACCAAGGAUUGGUAUGUUUAAUGUGUCUUUACUUGUUUAAUUUAAAUAAAACAUGUACAUCUUA